CUCACUCCCUUCCUUUUUCACUCUCGCCUGUUCCCCCUUCCUUUCUUUCUCCUAACUUUCUCUCUCCCACUCCCACUCCCUCUCACAUCUGGAGGGUAUCUGGUGUGGCUGUGUGACUCCUUGCCUGCUAUGGGACAGCCUGCGUUGGGACUGGACGUCAGACUUCAGUGCAUUUCAGCAAACGUUGGUCAAAGAGUUGGUGAAGACUGAAGCUUCACACUCAGCAGAGGGAGGGAGGGAGGACAGAAAACUGGCUGUUUUUUUUUUGUUGGCCUGGAGAGCUUCAGCAGUGGACAUGGCUUUUCGCAAGCAUUCCAUCAUGCAGGCCCUGAGUGUACUGCUCUUGGCCUGGGUGUUGGUGCGUUGCCAGGCCCCUCUCGAAACAGAGGAAGAAGAGGAGGAACGAAUAAAUAUCGCAACAGUGGGGAUGAAAUCUGAGCCGAUCGAAUGUCCGGCGGAGUGCAGCUGUACGGCAGACGGUGCAGUGGACUGCGCCGGAGUCGACCUCACGGAGUUCCCUACAGAGCUGUCUGACACAACCCGCCAGCUUUCUCUGCAGAACAACAAAAUCGAGGAGAUAACAGUGGAGCACAUUUCCCAUCUGCAUCAGCUUGAGACUCUCAACCUUCAAAACAACUGGCUUACCACAGACGGUCUUGAAGAUGAAGGUUUUGAGAGGCUUGAACAGCUGGCUUAUUUGUACUUGGCAAAUAACAAGCUCACUGCAGCACCAAAGGUCUUACCAGCUUCUUUGGUAAGCGCUGAUUUUGCCGCUAACCAGCUUACAAGGAUCUACCCAUAUACAUUUGGCCAUAAACCAAAACUGAGGUCUGUGUAUCUCCAUAACAACAAGCUGACUGACGCUGGGCUUCCUGAUAAUAUGUUCAAUGGUUCUGACAACCUGGAGAUCAUCACCAUGUCCAGCAACUUUCUACGGGUUGUCCCGAAGAAUCUGCCCUCCACCCUUUACCGUCUUCAUCUCAAGAGUAACAAGUUGGAGAAAAUCCCAGCGGGGGCCUUUGACAACUUGUCAAACCUCAGAGAGCUAUAUCUCCAAAACAACCUCCUCAGCAAUGAGGGGAUGGACAACGAAACAUUCAGCCAACUGAGCAGCUUGGAGUGCCUAGACUUGUCAAAUAACAACUUGAGCGUCGUCCCCAAGGGUUUGCCUCGCAAUCUAGUGCUGCUACAUCUGGAGAAGAACUCCAUUCGCAGCAUUCCCGGAGAUGCUCUUACAUCUGUCCGAAACCUCGAGUACCUGCUCCUCCACAAUAACAAGCUCCGCUCACGUUCCAUCCACGUAGCUGCCUUCCAGGGCUUGAAGAAGCUGCACACUCUCCACAUGUACAACAACUUGCUGGAGCGAGUUCCCAGGGGCUUGCCUCGACGUGCCAAGACUCUAAUGAUACUCCACAACUUAAUUUCUGAAAUUGGCCGUAAUGACCUGUCCCUGCUGUACACCCUGACUGAGCUUAACCUCAGCUACAAUAAGCUGACCAGCUCCAAGCUGCACCGCGAGGCCUUCAGGAAGUUGCGCGUGCUGGAAACCCUCGAUCUGUCGGGAAACAGCCUUCACUUGUUUCCACUUGGUCUUCCACGCAGCCUGCAGGUGCUAGAAAUCAAGAACAACCAGCUGAACUCUGUACCUGACGGUGCUCUGACAGGCAUGGUGAAGCUACGAAAGCUCAUCCUAAGCGAAAACCAGCUGAAAUUGAAUUCAGUCUACCAGGGAGCCUGGAUGGAGCUCACUGCGCUCACAACACUAGACCUGUCUGGCAACCAGCUGUCACACAUCCCCUCUGACCUGCCUGAGACUCUGGAAUACCUUCACCUGCAAAGUAACCGCAUCUCCAGUGUUCCUGCCUCAGCAUUUGAAGGCACUCCAAACAUCAAGGGCAUCUUCCUUCGGUAUAACCGCCUGUCUGUGGACUCUGUGGACGAGAGCUCCUUCGCACACCUGUCCAACUUGCAAGUGCUGGACAUCAGCACCGGAAACCCUGACCUCCCCUUUAAAGGAGAGGAGAUCGACGGUGAUAAAAUGAUAGAGGAGCAGGAGACAUAAGACAUGCUCAGUUAAGCUGACAUUGGACUGCGUUGUGUCAGAGACAGAAAGACAGGGCUUUUAAAUGGGAAUGAGCCUGUGAAUGUCAUUUCCCAGGUCCAUUAUUGUAUUGUGUGACAGAGUCUCAUAUUUCUGGUGCAGGAUACCGGAUGUUACUUUAGUUUCCAUUUUUUGGGCUGGUUAGUAAUACAUAUCUUUAUAUCUGAGCUAAUAUUUUUUUUAAUGUUGACAUGCAAACAUCUAUCAUCUUGUGUUUUGUGCUUUAUUCUU